AUGGCUCGAUCUUUGUCCCGUGUCAUGAACAUCUCCAGCCUCGUUUCUCUCAUCAGGCGGGGGUAUAGGGCGGGGGCGACGGCGGCGUCACAAAGAGUGGCGUCUGGCACGGCGGCGGAAGGAGUUACUGCACGAAGUGGCGGAAUGAUAAAGAAGGAAGAAGAAGAAAGAAGGACGGAGAUGGCGGCGUGGAUCCCAGAUCCGGUCACCGGCUACUACCGGCCGGAGAACUACACCAACGUGAUCGACGAGGUUGAUCUUCGUGCUAUGCUAUUGAAACCGAAAAGAAACGUAAUGAAUUGA